AGUGUCAUACACUCACUCACUCACUCACACACACACACACACACACACACACGCACAGAAACCCACCACCUGGGUCCAGCAUGGCAACCAUCACCUGCACUCGCUUCACAGAGGAGUACCAGCUUUAUGAAGAACUGGGCAAGGGCGCGUUCUCGGUGGUGCGAAGGUGUGUGAAGAUCCUCUCAGGGCAGGAAUAUGCCGCUAAGAUCAUCAACACCAAGAAGCUCUCUGCCAGAGAUCACCAGAAGCUGGACAGAGAGGCUCGGAUCUGUCGACUACUUAAACACCCAAACAUCGUGCGGCUCCACGACAGCAUCUCAGAGGAGGCACAUCAUUACCUCAUCUUCGACCUUGUGACAGGUGGAGAGCUGUUCGAGGACAUUGUGGCAAGAGAAUAUUACAGUGAGGCAGAUGCCAGUCACUGUAUUCAGCAGAUCCUGGAGGCGGUGCUUCACUGUCAUCAGAUGGGCGUGGUUCACCGAGACCUAAAGCCAGAGAACCUCCUCUUGGCCUCCAAGUCCAAAGGUGCAGCAGUGAAGCUUGCAGAUUUUGGACUGGCAAUUGAAGUGGAAGGAGAUCAGCAGGCAUGGUUUGGCUUUGCAGGGACUCCUGGGUAUCUCUCACCUGAAGUGUUACGGAAAGAUCCAUAUGGUAAAGCUGUGGACCUGUGGGCCUGUGGUGUGAUUCUUUACAUCCUACUGGUUGGAUAUCCGCCUUUCUGGGAUGAAGAUCAGCAUCGACUCUAUCAGCAGAUCAAAGCUGGAGCUUAUGACUUUCCUUCUCCUGAGUGGGACACGGUCACUCCUGAAGCUAAAGAUCUCAUCAAUAAGAUGCUGACCAUCAAUCCGGCGAAGAGGAUCACCGCCGCUGAGGCACUGAAACACCCCUGGAUCUCUCAUCGCUCCACUGUGGCCUCCUGCAUGCACAGACAGGAAACUGUGGAGUGUCUGAAGAAGUUCAACGCUCGUCGGAAGCUGAAGGGAGCGAUUCUCACCACUAUGCUCGCCACCAGAAACUUCUCAGGAGGGAAGAGUGGAAGCAACAAGAAGACGGACGGAGUGAAGGAAUCUUCAGAGAGCUCAAAUACCACUAUUGAGGAUGAAGACACCAGGGUGAGGAAACAGGAGAUCAUUAAAGUGACUGAGCAGCUCAUUGAGGCCAUCAGCAACGGAGACUUUGAGAGUUACACGAAGAUGUGUGAUCCCAGUGUAACUGCGUUCGAGCCUGAAGCUCUGGGAAACCUGGUGGAGGGCCUUGACUUCCAUCGCUUCUACUUUGAGAACUUGUGGUCUAAGAACAGUAAGCCUGUACACACCACCAUCCUGAACCCUCACAUUCAUCUGAUUGGAGACGAGGCGGCCUGCAUCGCUUACAUCCGCAUCACGCAGUUCAUCGAUGCUAACGGAACGCCGCGCUCCGCCCAGGCCGAGGAAUCCCGCGUGUGGCACCGACGUGACGGCAAAUGGCAGAUCGUCCACUUCCAUCGCUCCGGAGCGCCCUCUACCAUCACCAAUUGAGCUGAAGAGAUGGCGUUAUCAGAGUGUGAUCGUCCUGGUUGUCCUGCUGCUCUGCAAGCUGAUUGGACACCACAGAAGCUGCCUGACUACCCACAAUCCUUUACUUCCCAUAACUAACAUGAGCACCCAGGCUCACUCACUCACUCACUCACUCACUCAUCUACACACACACACACACACACACACACACAUACACACACACACACACACACACACACACACACACACACACAUUGAGCAUUUUCCCACAUUAGGGGUUGUUUACUUUUCCAUGGAUUUGACCGGGACACUGAUCCGAUCCGAGUGUUUACCAGGAACAGAACUCAUAGUUUAUUAGAUUAUACUCAUUUAGAUUUUAAUUAUUAUUUUUUUUUUAUAAAUGUUCCUGUUAGCAGCAUAAGUGACAUAUUAGCAUGCAUGCUAAUGCUAAGCUAUUCAGCUCCAGCUGUGUUUCAGUUUUUUUGCCUUUAUUACUGAUAACUCCACAUAUUACUGCUCACAGGGAGGAGGGGCUAGCAUGUAGGGCAAUAACACACACACACACACACACACACACACACACACACACACACACACACAAACACACAUACAUACAUACAUACAUACAUAUACACACAUGAGCGUGAUGAAUGUAAGAAAGAAAAGUGAGCUCAUCUUGAAUUACCUGUAAAUAAAUAAAUAAAUAAAUAAAUAAAUAAAUAAUGUUAGUAAGUGCAGUGGGAUCUGAAGAGAGUUAGCACUAGUGCUUGAAAUGAGCUAAUGCUAAAACUAUGCUAAUGCUAGCAGCAGUUAAUGCUAGAGGAUGUGAUUGAGGUUUCCAGGCCAGAGAUUUACUCCAAAAUCAUUUAUAUAUAUAUAUAAAGUACUCAAAUCUCCACACUAAAUACUUCACACUCUAUACUCCACACUCCACACGCCAUACCCAAUACUCCACACUAAAUACUCCACACUCUAUACUCAAUACUCCACACUAAAUACUCCACACUCUAUACUCAAUACUCCACACUAAAUACUCCACACUCUAUACUCAAUACUCCACACUAAAUACUCCACACUCUAUACUCAAUACUCACACUAAAUACUCCACUCUGUACUCAAUACUCCACACUAA